AUGGCCGCCUCCACCAUGUCCGUCUGCUCCAGUGACCUGAGCUAUGACAGCCGGGUCUGCCUGCCCGGCUCCUGCGAUUCCUGCACCGACGCCUCCUGGCAGGUGGACGACUGCCCAGAGAGCUGCUGCGAGCCCUGCGGCGCCCCCAGCUGCUGCCAGCCCCGCGGCUGCGCCCCCGCCCCCUGCCUCACCUUCCUCUGCUCCCCAGCGGGCUGUGCGUCCAGCCCCUGCUGCCAGUCCGUCUGCGCCAGCUGCUGCACACCCUCCUGCUGCCAGCCGUCUAGCUGCCAGCCCUGCUGCUGCCCCUGCUCAGCCUGCCAGGCAUCCUGCUGCAUGCCUGUCUGCUGUAAGCCCGUGUGCUGCGAGCCCAUGUGCUGCACACCCGUGUGCUGUGAACCCGUGUGCUGUGAGCCCGUGUGCUGCGGGGCUUCCUCCUGCUGCUGCCAGCCGUCCAGCUGCCAGCCGUCCAGCUGCCAGCCCUGCUGCCUCCCCUACCCGCCGUCCUCCAGCGUGUCCCUGCUGUGCAGGCCCAUGAGCAGGCCCACCUGCUGCGUGCCCACCUCCUCCUGCUGUGCCCCCUGCUGCCAGCCCGGCUGCUGCCGCCCGGCGGCCUCAUGCGUGUCCCUGCUAUGCCGCCCUGCCUGCUCCCGCCAGGCCUGCUGUGGCGGCUCCCCGGGCCAGUGCAGCUGCUGAGCUCUAGAGUGUCCUCUAAGUCCUGUCCUCACCACAGCGUCACUCCACUUCCUGCCCCACAA